AUGGCUACAUGUGUAUACGAUGCAGAGACAAACGAACCUGCUUGGGUGCAGAGCAUUGUAUCAACCACGGUGAGCGCCGUCACAAGUCCAGAUACAACCCUCUCAACGCAAGCUCAACAAAUACCGCGAAACGCGGCGUUCUCAUCGACACCAACGGAUCUGGCUAAUGUUGAUUGCCCGCCCGGGUUGACCUGGCUCUUUUCACAGGAGCUGCCGCCUAGAGCACGCUUGCAUACCCUUCUCGAAGCCUACUUCAACAAUGUUCAACCGAUCCGUGUCUUUGCAUUUGAGCACAAGCCAACCUUCAUGCGCAUGCUUGAUGAGGAGCAGCUCACUGAUACAUCAGACCAAGCCUUACUGCACAUCAUGUGUGCCCUUGGUGCAAGGUUCUAUGCUUUAGAGUACAGCGAGUCAUUUGCGCCAUUGUCGAAGGAAUUGAUACAAAACGCUGGAACACAGUGGGCCAAGACUGCAGAAGAGAUGUUCUUCGCUGACUAUAGCACCAUCUCAAAAACAAAGCUGAAGGUUCUCAUUCUGCUCCAUGAUCAAGAAGCCAGGACCGGAAACUAUGCUGGGUCGUUUCUGCUCACUGGCCUGGUGAUACGCAUGGCACAUGCACUGCAACUCAACAACGAAGCAUCUACGGAUAUCAUGUGCAAAAAGGACGGUCCAAACGAAGCUUCCUCAAGAGAAUGUCAAAGACGGCUCAUGUGGGCCUGCUACAUGCUCGAUGUAUGGGCAGGCAGUGGUGUCGAUCAUCUGACCAUCUUGAACGAAAAGGAUAUCAAGAUUCAGCUCCCCUGUAACGAGCGUCAAUUUUUGCUCCAGAUACCUGUAGUAACUGAAAGACUGGAAGAGGGCGCAACGUUGGACUUCAUACCCAUAGCCGACAUGCCGGAGAAGCCUCGAGAUAAUCUCGGCAUGGCAGCGUACUAUGUUCGCAUCGUUAGCAUAUGGCGGCGAGUUCUGAGGUUCUCGAAACACAUGAACGAAGAGCAACCGCCCUGGGAGCCAGGCUCGGAAUUUUCGCAGCUGAUCAAAGAAGUCCAGUCUUGGAAAGCUAGCCUGCCCUCCUGGCUGGACUUCUCUGCCGACAACAUCUACAUCAGACGAGAGUCCCACCAACUUGGAGCUCUCUUCCUCAAUCACUGCAUGUAUCAUCACGUGCUGUGUGAUAUUCAUCGAAUCGCGUUACCUGACCUGUACCGAAAUCAACAACCCUACAACUUCCCUCCAGAGCAGCAUGCCUUCAUGUCAAGGCUGCAGAUGAUCUGUUUCGAGCAUGCUCAGCUUAUGUCUGUUCUAGUGGCGACUGUCCUUCAGCAUGGCAUCAAGCACUUUGCAGACCCCAUCCUGCCGUCGUUCGUGUACAACAGCAAUCGCAUAAUGCUGUACCACAUCGCUCGUAUUCUGGAUCUUUCCAAGUCGGACGCAAGGACGGUGAUUGCGCGUACUGUAGAAUUGGUACAGCAUAACAACAAAGCUCUACGAGAGAUGUCAUUGAUGUACCCGCUCGCAGAGCCUCUGUAUAUCACAACGGAACGCUGGCUAGAGACCGUUCGCUCUGGUCUUGCACGUGGUCAAGCAAGCACAUACAUUGCGCCGCAAGAUCCAGCGGAGGUGCGAACCGAAGUGCAACAGGCUAUCGAAGCCUCCAGUCCGAACCUGAAUGACAUCCAGUCAGCUCAACGGAAUGCCCAAGUAGCGUUGCUCCCGCCUGUUUCUAAUGGCUUGGAUCAAUCACCGUCGACCGCAAGCGACUACUACCCAACACCGUCGGCUGACCCCAUGGCAUCAAGCCUUGCGACACUAGCCGACGUUGCGACACAGCCUGGGCAGCUUGGCCCAGUUUUACCAAACGCAAUGUCCAUAAGCGAUUUCGACCAACCGGUCUUCAAUCUGGAUGAUCUCCAGAACUUCUUCGAAUGGGAAACGAGCAAUAGCGAGUAUGCGCAGCUUACCGGUUUUGAAGGGUUUGGGCCAUUAGGCUGGGCGAAUAACUUCUCCGCAAUGUGA